UCCUACAUGAUUAUAUUUCAUUUUCCCUAUAGAUCAUGAUUUACCUAAUUGAUAAGGUGCUUCCUGAUAGCUAUUUUGUCAAUAAUCUCCGCGCUCUCUCUGUGGAUAUGGCUGUUUUCCGAGAUCUUUUACGAAUGAAGCUUCCUGAACUGUCCCAGCACUUAGAUACCCUGCAAAGGGCUGCUAACAGAGAAAGUGGAGGAGGCUACGAACCCCCACUUACAAAUGUCUUCACAAUGCAGUGGUUUCUGACCCUCUUUGCCACUUGCCUGCCUAACCAUACAGUUCUGAAGAUCUGGGAUUCAGUGUUCUUUGAAGGCUCUGAAAUUAUACUGAGAGUAGCUUUAGCCAUCUGGGCAAAGUUAGGAGAGCAAAUAGAGUGUUGUGAAACUGCAGAUGAGUUUUACAGUACCAUGGGCAAGCUGACGCAGGAGAUGCUGGAAGACAGUCUGAUUGACAGCAAUGAACUGAUGCAGACUGUUUAUACCAUGGCUCAGUUUCCCUUCCCCCAGCUGGCAGAAUUAAGGGAGAAAUACACGUACAACAUUACUCCUUUCCCUGCAGCAGUAAAAUCGACUUCACUUUCAGGAAGGCUAGGCAGAACCAGAGACAGUGAUGAGGAGAAUGACCUAGAUGAUGAAGACUCAAUUGCCAAUGCAAUUGGCUGCCUUGGACCAUUAAGUGGAUUUUUGGCACCAGAGAUCCAAAAAUAUCAAAAACAAAUGAAAGAUCAGAAUGAAGAACAAAGUCUGGGUUCUAGUAACAUUGCAGAAUUAAGUCCAGGAGCAAUAGACUCUUGCCGAAGCGAGUAUCAUGCUGCUUUUAACAGCAUGAUGAUGGAGCGUAUGACCACUGAUAUUAAUGCACUGAAAAAGCAAUAUUCCAGGAUAAAGAAGAAGCAGCAACAGCAGGUUCACCAUGUGUAUAUCAGAGCAGACAAAGGGCCGGUUACGAGCCUCCUCCCUUCUCAGGUAAACCAUUCUCCAGUGAUAAACCACCUACUUUUAGGAAAGAAGAUGAAAUUGAACAACAGGUCUCUUAGAAAUGCUGUUAUUCACAUCCCAAGUCAUGCUGCAGGGAAAAUGUCUCCCAUUCCCCAAGAAGACCUUAAAACAAAACUGAACUCUCCGUGGCGCACUCACAUACGAGUUCAUCGAAAGAAUAUUGCUAGGGCCAAAGGCCAGCUGGGCUACGGAGAUACCAUAGGGCUAAUAGAUGAGCAGAGCGAGAGAUGUAAAACAAAUAAUCCUGGUGCAAAGGAAGAGACUUCCAAACAUUCUGACCUUGGAGAAAGAGAAGGAGGUGGUUUGGAUGACAGGACUACUCAAAAACCUGAUCGGCAGUUGUCUGAGCCAGUCUCUACGGACAGCAGUACAAACAUGUCAGUGGUUCAGCUAAAACUGGAAGCACUGGAACUCACCUCAGAUGACAAAACUCAUGCUGAGUCAACAUCCCAUCAGUCCUGCCAGCCACGUUUAUCCGAGUCCUCUAGUUCAUCCAGCGACAGUGGAAACCUGGCUAAAUCUCCCCAGCCUGGGCACACAAAGCCACAAGUCUUCAAUCCUUUUCCCAGUGUCAAGCCUCUUCGAAAGUCAGCUACAGCCAGGAAUUUAGGGCUGUACGGCCCCACUGAAAGAACGCCAACUGUACACUUCCCACAAAUGAGCAGAAGUUUCAAUAAGUCUGCCAGUGGCAACAGUGGGACCAGGAAACGAUGAUGUACUACCUGGCACUUUCUAUUUCUGACGGCAACAAAAAAAAAAAUAUUUUUUUUUUAAUGUGUGCAUGCGUAUGUGUGUCCCAAAGCAUUUCUAAUCUUUAAUUAAGUAAUAGGAACAAAAGUGGUUACCAGAUUUAUAAAUAUGUGUAUUUGAAAAUUGUGCUCCCGUGUUGCUAUGGGAUAGAUUAGAGAGGAUGCGCUCUGGCACCCUAUUGCCAAUUCUGAUGGUUAUGUGGUAAAAUAAACAUUGAUUUGCAGUGUGAA